AUGGCGGCCGGGAGAUGGCGGCGGGCGGGAGGAGGCGGCGGCGGCGGCGGGCGGGAGGAAGAAGAGGAGGAGGAGGAUGAGGAAGCGGCGAGGGGCGCGGUGCUGCGGCGGGUGCGGCAGGCGCGGGACGAUCUUCUGAGCUCCGGCUUCUGGGCGGCGAGCGCCGGAGCCGUGCGGGCCCCGCUGAGCGGCAGCGCGGAGCCGCCCGCCCGCUGCGUCUGCUACGGGCUGGGGCGGUUCGGCGCCUGCCCGGCCGCCCGGCACCAACUCGCCUUCCUGCUGCUGCUGCUGGAGGAGCUGGGGGUGCCACCCGGGCAGUGCUGCCUCUUCGAUCCCGCCUUCUCCUCCCUGGAGGCGGCAGCGCUGGGGCAACUGGGGCUGCAGCUGCUCCCGGACAAUGAGGAGGGGAAGCACAGCGUGGAGGGCUCGGCCACGCUGUUCUACAUGGUGCACUGCGGGAAAGCCUUGUACAACAACCUCCUGUGGAGGAACUGGUCUGCAGGGGCCCUGUCCAAAAUGAUCAUCAUCGGGAACAGCUUUAAAGGAAUCGAGGAAAGAUUGUUGUCAAGAAUAUUGGAGAGAGAUUAUUCUUACAUAGCAAAGGUCUUGAAAGGGGCUGAGGAAGUGGCGCUCCCCACUCACCCUCGGUACCUGGACACGUUUAACGACACCGCCGUCCACUGGUUUCCCUUGCAAAAACUGGAGGAGCUCUCCCCUGAGGUCUGGGACUGCGUGGAGGAGCCGACGUACCAAGACUGUGACGACCUGGAGAUCAUCAGAAAGGAGGUGAGCGCCGAGCGGCGCAGCCCGGCUGCCGCCGAGUCCUGACCGCUCCCUGCAGCGGGGGGGCCUCAGGGCUGCAGCUCUUCUCACGGCACCUUCUGCGCAGCCAAGGUGAAGCUCCAGCACCCAGAGUGUCCUCGUGCUCCGCCAAGAGUGGCGGCACCCCAGCACUGAGCGUGCUGGGACAUUUUUGUAUCUUGAUUAUUCAAUAAAAGGUAAAGCUGUGCUUUGACUUACACUCACAUAACUACAGCGAACAAAUUUAACUAAAACCUGCCUUUUAAGCCA